UUAUGCCUCUACCGUUUAAUAAAACUUUAGAUUUGAAAUUGAUUAAGUUAGUGAAAGAAAAUAAUAUUCUUUACAAUUCGAAACAUGCUAAAUAUUUGGACUUUGAUUCGAGAGAAGUCGUUUGGCAGAAAAUCGGAGAUGCACUCGGCAGGCCUGCUUUGGUGUGCAAGUCUCGUUGGAUCAACAUGAGAGAUAUGAUGCGUCGGAAAGUGAGAGACCGUCUCCGGAAUCCUAACCAGCGCGUCUACAAUUACAAAUAUGAAGAGGAACUAUCCUUCAUGCUGCCAUACUUCAAAGACUCUAGCAAUACUAACGAAGAUUACACCAGUUUCUUGGAAACCAGCGCCGAAGGUUGUGAUAUAGAAAUGCCGGCUGAAGUAUUCAUAGAUGGUGCAGAUUUCGAAAGUGAUAGAGAUAUGAAACCAAAUAUAACAACAAUGAAAAGAAAAGAACAAGAUCAUCACGAGUUAUACCAAGACUUAAACCCAGCGGACCCUUUAGAUGUGUUUUUAAUUACUAUCGGUACUACGUUAAGAAAGUUUAGCCCAUAUUAUUUGAACCAGGCGAAGAGUAAAAUAUUCCAAGUGGUUCAGGAUUACGAGUUGCAGCAGAUCGUGAAUAAAGAUGACCAGAGUACCGAAACUAACAGAUAGAUUUGCCUUUGCUUUUGAAUGGUGUCGAAUUUAUUGCUAUCAUUAUGAAGAUCACAUAUAGUCCGGCAAACUUAUUUGGCUCGGUGAUGUUGGCGCUGUGAGCGACUUUAGUUUCAUUUUUGCAUUGUGUCAGAUAAGUUU